AUGUCACGAGGACAUCGGGAUCGGGGCGUGUCAGGUGGCAAAAGAGGAUUUGCAAUAGAGUUGCAGGACUCUGGAAAUUUGGAUUUGCAUGGUGAUGACGGUGGAGUAGUUUGGCAGAGUUUUAGCCAUCCAACUGAUACCCUAUUAUGGAACCAGGAAUUUUCAGAAGGAAUGAAGCUGGUAAGCAAUCCUAGCUCCAACAACUUGAGUUAUAUUCUCCAAAUCAAGUAUGGCGACUUAGUUCUUUCAUCAGGUUACCAAACACCACAGCCGUAUUGGUCUAUGGCGAAAGAAAUCCUCUUCAGAAUAGAGGGUCAAGUGGUCCUUCAGGAACAAAAAUACCAAGCGAUUCGUGCAGCACACCAGAACCUUGUGAUUCUUACUUGGAAUGUUUUAGUAACAAGUGCCAGUGCCCUUCACGUCUCAGCUAGCGUUCUAAAUUGCAAGGCAGGGGUUGUCUCCUCAUGUGAUCCUUCAAGGGGUUUACAGAGCUUUUACAAGGAUCUUCAAACUGCAACUAAUAACUUCUCAGUAAAGCUAGGGCAAAGAGGUUUUGCUUCGGUUUACCAAGGGAUUCUCCCAGAUGGGACUCGACUUGCUGUGAAGAAGUUGGAAGGCAUUGGUCAGGGACAGAAAGAGUUUCAAGCCGAAGUUACCAUCAUUGGCAGCAUCCAUCAUCUGCACUUGGUUUGGCUCAGGGGCUUCUGCGCAAAUGGCUCCCUUGAUAAAUGGAUUUUCAUGAAAUACAACAAAGAAUCCCUGUUGGAUUGGGAGGACAAGGUUCAAUAUAGCAAUGUGUACAGCUAA